GUGGAGGCGGCGCUCGGAGCUUCCUGAGCCCGGGUUCAUUGUCUCCAGCUCGGCUUUGGGCAGACCGAGAGGGCGGAGGAAACACCCCCCCUCCAGCGGGGGGGGUGCCGGUGCACAGUGCACAGUAUGAUCCCAGGGAAUCCCCGCUGGAGGCGGGCGGCGAGCUGAGAUGGUGCAGAAACCGAAGAGGAACGGGGAGGGUGGCGCUGGCCCCGGGGAGAAGAGGCUCAGGGUGGGAUUCGUGGGCAUCGAUGGAGGCCCCGAGGCUGCGAUCGGAGCCGGGGCGGAUUCCUCCUGUACCCGGGACGGAGCUCUGCUCAUCGCCGGCUCGGAGGGGACCAAAAGGGGCAGCAUCCUGGGCAAACCCCGCACCGGGGGAGGCAAGCGCCCCAAAAGGAACGCGUUUUACAGAAAGCUGCAGAACUUCAUGUACAAUGUCCUGGAGAGACCCCGAGGAUGGGCUUUCAUCUACCACGCUUAUGUUUUUCUACUGGUCUUCUCUUGCCUGGUACUAUCAGUCUUCUCCACGAUCAAGGAGUAUGAGCAGCGAUCAGAAGGAGCUCUGUAUAUACUGGAAAUAGUAACAAUUGUGGUUUUUGGCGUGGAGUACAUGGUGCGGAUUUGGUCUGCUGGGUGCUGUUGUCGAUAUCGAGGAUGGCGAGGGCGACUGAAGUUUGCACGAAAACCGUUCUGUGUGAUCGAUGUCAUGGUUCUCGUGGCCUCAAUAGCUGUCCUUGCAGCAGGGACCCAGGGCAAUGUCUUUGCUACAUCAGCGCUGAGGAGCUUGAGGUUUCUCCAAAUUUUACGGAUGAUCCGUAUGGACCGGAGAGGGGGAACCUGGAAGCUGCUGGGAUCGGUUGUCUACGCACACAGCAAGGAGCUGAUCACUGCCUGGUACAUUGGCUUCUUGUGUCUCAUUCUCGCCUCCUUCCUGGUCUAUCUCGCUGAGAAAGAUGACAAUGAAGAUUUUGCAACGUAUGCAGAUGCUCUCUGGUGGGGUUUGAUCACCCUGACAACCAUUGGAUACGGUGACAAGUACCCGGUCACGUGGAACGGUCGGCUCUUGGCUGCAACGUUUACUCUCAUUGGGGUAUCGUUCUUUGCUUUGCCGGCGGGAAUUCUGGGUUCUGGCUUUGCUCUGAAGGUUCAGGAGCAACAUCGGCAGAAACAUUUUGAGAAGCGGAGGAACCCUGCAGCUGGUCUCAUCCAGGCUGCCUGGCGAUAUUACUCGACCAGUCUCUGUCGGACAGACCUACAUGCUACCUGGCAAUGCUUUGAGCAAACCCUGACCGUCCCAAUGUACAGGCUGAUUCCUCCACUCAACCAGCUUGACUUACUACGGAAUCUCAAGAGCAAAUCAGGACUCACUUUCAGGAAGGAAGCUGUGGAGACCACACCCAGUAAACACAAAUCACGUCGUGAUUCCAUGUGUGGAAUGUGCUGCUCAGGAGAUCCUAGUAACAAAGUCAGCCUGAGGGAGCGGUUCUCUAGCCCGAAGGGCCCCAGCAGCAAAGCGAAGAGUUCCCCUCAGAGCACUGUGCGUCGGUCUCCAAGUGCAGAGCAGAACAUUGAGGACAGUCCAGACAAGGUGCAGAAGAGCUGGAGCUUCACUGACAGAACACGUUUCAGGACCACAUUCCGGCUGAAAGGAGCAGGAUCACGACAGAACUCUGAGGACCAUUCGAGUCUGCCUGAAGAGGACAUGCCAGACAACAGGAGCUGUCAAUGUGAGUUCAUUACGGACGACCUCACCCCUGGACUGAAGGUUUCAAUCAGAGCCAUGUGCAUUAUGCGAUUUCUCGUUUCAAAACGGAAGUUCAAGGAGAGUUUGCGGCCUUACGAUGUCAUGGAUGUCAUCGAGCAGUAUUCCGCAGGCCACUUGGACAUGCUGUCCCGAAUCAAAAACCUACAGUCCAGGAUAGAUAUGAUUGUGGGUCCCCCACCCCCUUCAACUCCCCGGCAUAAGAAGUUAAAGGGAAUCCUCACCACUUCCAAAGAUUCAAUCCAAUACUCUCCUAGAGUCGACCAGAUUGUUGGCCGAGGCCCCCAGCUCCAGGAGAAGGACCGCACCAAGAUCCCAGCAGAGCCUGAGGUUCCCGAAGACCUGAGUAUGAUGGGACGUCUUGGGAAAAUGGAAAGACAGGUCCACUCGAUGGAGAAAAAGUUGGAUUUCCUGGUGAACAUCUACAUGCAGCGGAUGGGGAUCCCACAAUCUGAGACUGAGGCCUAUUUCAUUUCCAAAGAGCCGGACCCAGCUCCCCCGUACCACAGUCCCGUAGACAACCAGGAGCUCUGUGAGAGAAACACAAACACCAACAAGAUGUUGCGGUCGUGUAGCCUGACCGCACAUAAGACGUACCCCGGACUUGGCAUGCCGACGCUGGCUCCAAAUGGCUGCCCACCAUCAACCUCAUCCCACCAACACGCAGCCAAUGGCAUGGGCCGGCGGAGCCAUGACACUCUGACCUUCAUGACCUCCCCUGUCGGCGAUGGCACGACCUUUGUCAGAAUCCCACCCCCACCCUCUGUGUCGCACGAGAAGAUCUCGGGACAUGGCAGGGGAGGGAUGGAAUACAGUCGGCACGAUGACUAUUGCUGCAAGCGUCAAGAGACUUUGUUGAAGGAAAGAGACAGCGACACCUCCAUCUCCAUUCCGUCCGUGGAUCACGAGGAGCUGGAACGCUCCUACAGCGGCUUCAGCAUCUCGCAAUCAAAGGAGAACCUGGACAACGUCAACAAUGCUCCCUACAGUGGGGUUACGCCCUGGUCAAAGGUCAGACUGUACAUUGCGGAGGGAGAGUCUGACACAGACUCAGAAGCAUGCACCCCAUCUGGUCCUCCCCCCAGGUCAGCAACAAGUGAGGGGGUGCACUGUGACUUCACAUGGUCCUCAUCCAAAUAGAUGAGGCCUUCAUUCAUUUGACAAGCAAAAAUGACACUGAGAAAGGGGUUACAUUCGCAGUCACCGAUGAUAACAAUACUUAAUCUUUCUGACAAACACAACAGCAGGGUUGAGGAUACAUUCGGGGAUGUGGUGGUCAGUGGAGGGGGGGUGUUUAGUGUGCAGUUGGAAAUUGUGAGCGAGGCCAUCAGACCUACCAACUGGAAGAUGCUGAGCCCACUUAGGCUCUCAAUGGACUCCCGAGGUGGCUACCACUGCCAUUCCUUGAAAUCGCUCCCAAUCGGCUGCUCACACCGCGUCAGGCAGAUGUUGUUCUGAAACUGAUGAAGCAUUGGCCUGAGGCCCAGAAAGAAACUGAGCCUGGCUCCCAUUUGUUCACCGUGUCAUCAAGCUUGUGACCAAUGAAUGUAUGUUGAACACCUUCCCAGUGUCAGUUGUAGCUGACCAAAAAACAAAAGAGGGAGAGAGAAAGAGUGACUCCUGGAAAAGGAGAGAAUCUUUGGGAAGGUGGGGUGGUGAAUAAGCACUGAAUAAUGCAAGUAUUUAAAUGGGCCGUAACAGAAGCAGGAUGGGUAAAAUGACGGUGACAGGUUAUUUAUAAAUAAGAGAAGGGAGAUGGGCCUCAACCCUUGAUGUCAUAUGACUGUAGGACAUUAUUGAGGAAGGCUGUGUUUGGAACAGGGUAAAAGCAUGUUUUGUUUACUAUUAUUGCAUUCUUAGAUAUUUUCUAACCAAAAACGUGCUCAAACAUUGUUUUGUGUUACUCUAAAAAGAUUUAGCUGUUUGGGUUGGGUGAGAGGAUCUUUCUGGAGUUAGGGGAGCAUGUUGGUAGGUGAAAAUGGAGGCAGGAAGGCAGCCAGCCCUUUUGUGAGAAGCUUUUCCUGACAGUGGGAUUGUGUGAAUAUCCUUCAAGGAAUAAACCCUUCCCAGAACAUGCUUUCUGAGUUUGAUCCUGAAGAGCUUUGGUCAGAAUUUUAGAUUUUAACUGAUACUCAACAAUAUGAGUAUCUGAAACAAGACAAGACCAUUUUAGCCUAUUGAAUCUACCAUACCCAUGCCCGGUCUCUAGUUCACGGCUCCCCCUCCCCAACUAUAAACUAAGUGGGCCCUCAGUGCAAGGAGCACUGAGUUCUUUUUGAGCCAUCCUGUUCAUAUCUUCUAACUCUUAAUCCCCCUUUUGCAAACAGAUUUGGCCCUCACAUUAUAGGUAUAUUUUGUCUUUGAAUCAGUGCUCCCUCAGUGUCUUGCCCAGUGCCUUGUUCCCACUGUUUGGGUAGAAUAUGGCUGAGUUGAUGGGUUUGAUCCCUCCACAGGCUGGCCACGUGUCUCAAAAUUAUCUUCAUAUGUAAGUUAAAAUAGGAGAGGACUUGUUGGUUGCGUCCGUCCCUGUAUUACCCUGAAAGUGGCACUGCAGGGGGCGUGAUGCACAGCUGAGUAUCUUGGUUGUGGGUACUUAAAUCUGGGCCUUGUCCGCACCUUAAGGGAAACCAUUUAGGCUUCGGCUGCCUCUGUGUGUAAAGGUUUUGGGUUCGAAUCCUAUUGCAGGAUCUGAACAAAAACAGUUACAGCCUGGCAUUUCUGUUCUCUACGACAGGGAGGAUUGCUGCACUUUAGCUAAAAUAUGAAAUGGAAGGCUUGUCUGUCCGCACAGGUGGAUGUAAAAGACCCCACAGCAUUGUUUUCAGAAGCUGAAGGGGGAGUUCAAGUUGAAGGCCAAUAUCAAUCCUCCCGGUAGCUCCGCUGAUAAACGCAUUAUUCAAUCAUCAUCAUGUUACUGCCUGUGGGAGCUUACUGUGCACCGUGUUUCUCACAGGAAUCGCUACACUUAAAAAAGGACUCAGUGGCUGUAAAGCAAUUUGCAAACUCUAUAGUUCUGACAGGCACUAUACAAAUGCAAGUUUCAUGUUGGAAGGGAAGCUGGUCAUCAGGCACACUAUUUCUUGUUGGGUUUAUUCCUCCAGGUUUCAAUGUAUGGUCACUCUCCCACAGCGCCUUCUCAAAGUCAACUGGACUUGAAUAUACAGGCAUUAGCCUCAAGUGACUGCACAUCGACACUCUCUCCUCUUUUUAGAAUUGAUGAAUGAAAAUCUACAACAAGAAUGCUAAGUUCAUGUCGCCGUGACUUUUCAUAGGAUUGUGCCAUUGUUACAGCAAAAAGGAAGGCCAUGUGGCCCAUCCAGUUCCUGCUGCUUCCCCCCAUCUCCCCCGAGGAGCAAUAUACAUCCUGCUGCUUCCCUGCCCUCUCCCCAUUCCUCCUGUUCUGAUAUUUUGAGAAUGUGGAGGGAUUUGCAGUUCAGGAGGAGGCCAAUCUUCCUGUCGUGCUUGUUUCUCGGCUGGCACAGGCCACCCUGCCCAGUCCCGCUUCCCAGCACUAUGCCCCUUCAGGCUACAGGAUGGCAGCUGCAUUUGCAGACACCCUUUAAAUAAGUUGGAGGUGUGAGCUGAGUUCCAGCAGUGAAUACCAAACCCUCUACCACCCUCUGGCUCAGAUUUUUGAGUUUAGGAGUUGGGACAUCAGGUUGAGAUUGUACAGGAAUCAGUGAAGCCUCUUCUGGAGCACUGUGCCCAGGUCUGGUCGCCCUGUUAAAGGAAGGAUAUUAUUAAGCUGGAGAGCGUUCAGAAGAGAUUUACCAGGAUGUUGCGGGGUAUGGAAGGUUUGAGGGAGAGGCUGGGACUUUUUUCCACCAGAGUGUAGGAGUUUGAGGGCUGGCCUUAUCCAGGUUUAUAAAAUCAUGAGGGGUGUAGAUAAGGUGAUUGGCAGGUGUAUUUUCCCUCAUGUAGGGAUUUCAAGACUAGGGGCACAUUUUUAAGGUGGCAGGAGAAAGAUUUAAAAGAAAGACAUGAGGCAUAACCUUUUUAUGCGGCAAAUAGUUCAUGUGUGGAGUGAACCUCUAGAGGUUUAGGUAGAUGUGGAUAUAGUUACAAUCUUUAAAAGGUAUUUGUGUAAGUAUGUGAAUAGGAAAGGUUUGGAGGGAUUUGUGCCAGGAGCAGGCAAGCGGGAUUAGUUUGAUUUGGGAACGUGGGUGGCAUGGACAUGGUGGACUGAAGGGUCUGUUCCCGUGCUGUGUGAUUCUGUGACUCUGAGGGAAAAGAAAUUCUUCAGCUCCCCUUGACUCCAUUUUCUCGGCAAAUGCCCUUCAAUUCCAGGAGACUCCAGGCCGACUGGAAGUUUUCACAAGAACGGGAAAAAGCAGAAUACUACUUGGCCAAGUUUUUUUGCUGAUAUUUGACAGUGAGACGUGUCUAUCCUGUUUGGUUUGAGCAGCAUUCCUGGGCUGACUGCCAUGGACAGAUACACCUUUGAUGCUAACAAUGUCAGUCUGGCCUGGCAAAACUCAACCUUUGUGUCACAGCCCAUAGGCAUAAGGCUGUGUUUUAAGAUACUUUCAUGUUACAAUGUUGAAGGCAACCAUUGAUGCAUAUUUCAUCUCUUGCCUUGUUCAUCUUCCCACCACUUAGCUGAGUUUAUAAACAAAGUGAACGGUGCUUUUUGUUGCAGAAGAAUGGACAAGACGAUUUUGGGAAAGUGGGUAGGAAUGUUACAGUGAAUGAAACAUAAGGAAUACGAUGGUGACAGGUUAGAGUCUGUGACAAAACGGAUUGCAGGUUCAAUAUGUUGCAGAGAAAUACACAGCUAUUCUCUUUGAUGGGACAAUGGGAAAAUGAGAUACAAUUGAAAGGUGAGAGCGAUUAAAUGUUGAUUGUUGAGGGAUUUGUAUAUCUUUCUGUACAAAAUUGGGCAACUUAGCUUUCAGGUUCAGCGCAUAAGUCAACAUUCUGGGGGUUACCAUUGACCAGGAGUGGAACCAGAGAAUUGUAUGGCACAGGAGCAGGUCCUUAAGCCCAUGAUGUUGUGCUGAGUGUGAUGCCAAAUUGAGCCAAUCCCUCUGCCUGCCGUGGCCCAUAUUCCUCCAUUCCUUACAUAUUCAUGUGUUUAUCUAAAAGUCCCUUAGGUGGCCCUAUUGUACCUGCCACCACUCUCUGUGUAAAAAACUUGCCCCUCACAUCUCCUUUGAACUUGUCCCCUCUCACCUUAAAUGCAUGCUCCCUGAUAAUAGACAUUUCAGCUCUGGGGAAAAAAUUCUGACAGCCAACUCUAUCUAUGCAUCUCAAUUUUACAGACUUCUUUCAAGUCUCCCCUCAGCCUCUGCUGCUCCAGAGAAAACAACCUGAGUUUUUCUUGCCUCUCCUUAUAGCUCACACCCUCGACUCCAGCAAUCUGUGUGUCAUCUGUAAACUUACUAACCCACCUGACUACAUUUUCAUCCAAGCCAUUUAUAUAAAACACAAGCAGCAGAGGUCCCAGUAGAGAUUCCUGCGGAACACCACUAGUCCUGGACCACCAGCCAGAAAAACACCCUUACACCACUACUCUCUGCCUUCUUUGAGCAAACAAACUCUGAAUCCAAGCAGCCAAGUCACUGUGGAUCCCAUGCAACCUAAUCUUCUGGAUGAGCCUAUCAUGAGGGACCUUGUCAAAAGCCUGACUGAAAUCCAUGUAGACAACACCCUCACCCUCAAUCAUCUUAGUCACUUCCUCAAAAAACUCAGUCAAGUUAGUAAGACAUGACCUGCCCCACAGAAAGCCAUGCUGACCGUCCCCACUUUUCCAAAUGUGCAUAAAUCCUAUCCCUAAGAAUUCUCUCCAAUAGCUUCUCAACCCCUGAUCUGUGACUCACUGGUCUGUAGUUCCCUGGAUUAUCCUUAUUUCCCUUCUUGAACAGAGAAACAACAUUGGAUACUCACAUAUAAAUCCUAAGGCUGUAAGGGAAAGUCUGUGGCUGGGAUUUCUCCUAGUAACUCACCUCCUAACUCCCCAAAGCCUGUCCACAAUCUACGAGGCACAAGACAGGAGUGUGAUGGGAUACUCCCCUUUUGCCUGGAUGGGUGUAGCUCCAACAACACUCAAAUAGCUUGACACCAUCCAGGACAAAGUAGGCCAUUUGAUCAACAGUACCUUUCUUGCCUUCAGUGAGUAGUCCCUCCACCAAUGGUGCUCAGUAGCAACAGUGUGUACUAUCAACAAGAUGCACUGCAGAAAUUCACCAAAGACCCCCAGACCACACUUUCCAUACCCAUGACCACUUCUGUCUAGAGGGCAAAAGGCAACAGAUACAUGGCAACAUGACCACCUUCAAAGUGCCCCUCAUCAUCUUGACUUGGAAAUAUAUUAUCAUUCUUUCACUGUUGCUGAGCCAAAAUCCUGCAACUCCAUCCCUAACACCAUUGUUAGUCAAUCUUCAGCACAUGGACUGCAGCAGUUCCAGAAGGCAGCUCACCACCAUCUGCCCCAUGAAUAGAGAAACAAAGGAAAAGCUGGGAUGGCAACUGGAAUGUUGGUCUUUUGGGAGAGGUGUGGGAGUAGAAUAGUGAUAUGGACUAAGCCCAACACAGGUGUAUGCCAUUUGGUCCAUUGUGUCUAUGCUAGCUCUUUGCAAGAGAGAUUCAGCUAGACCAGUGCCUCCUCUCUUCCCCACAGCCUUUCAAUUUUUUUUCUUCAGAUACAUUCAUUAGAAUCAUAGAAUCCAUACAGUGCGGAAACAGGCCAUUCAGCCCAACAAGUUCACACAAUCCUACCUAUCCCUGAAACCCUGCAUUUCCCAUGACUAAUCCACCUAACCCACACAUUCCCUGGAUACUCUGGGCCAUUUAGCGAGGCGAAACUGCCUUACCUGCACACCUUUACCCAAUUCCUUUUGAAACGAAUGACUGAACCUACCUGCACCACACCUUAAGGCAGCCCAUUCCUGAUCUUAACCAUUCAUUUUAUAAGGAAAGGUUUUCUUCAUAUUGCCAUAAGAUGAUAAGAAACAGGAACAGGAGGAGGCCAUUCAGUCCCUGGAGCCUGCCACACCAUUUAAUAGGAUCGUGGCUGAUCCGACAUUCCUCACGCCCACUUUUCUGUCCUUUCCCCAUAACCCUUGGUUCCCUGACUGGUCAAGAAUCUAUCCAGCACAGCCUUAAAUGUACACAAGGACCCUUCCCCCACAGCUCUCUCUGGUAAGGAGUCCCAAAGACUCAAUCCUCAGAAGAAAUUCCUCCUCAUCCUUAGCAUUUAAGUGGAGGUGAUGACCUAGUGGUAUUACCACUGGACUGCUAACCCAGAGAUACAGGUAAUGUUCAGGGGACCCAGGUUCGAAAGGCGCCACAGCAGAUGAUAGAAUUUGAAUUUGAUAACAAUAUGAUUGAGGUUCGAUAGGAAACAUCCAUCUGGUUCACUAACAUUCUCUAGGAAACGAAGUCUGCCAUUCUUUACCUGGGCUGAUCUACAUGUGAC